GCUGCGGCGCAGAAUGGCGGCGACCGAGGGCUCGCUGUGCGCCGGCGGCCCCGCCACCGUGCGGUUGCCGCGGUCGCCGCCGCUCAAGGUGCUGGCCGAGCAGCUGCGGCGCUACGCGGAGGGCGGCCCGGGCGCCUGGCGGCUGUCGCGGGCGGCCGCGGGCCGCGCGCCGCUGGAGCUGGAGGCCGUGUGGAUGCAGGGCACCGUGGUGGCGGCGGCCGGCGGCGAGGCGCGGCUGCGGGACCCGACCGGGCCCUUCUCGGUGCGCGGCCUGGAGCGGGUGCCGCGCGGGCGGCCCUGCCUCGUCCCAGGAAAGUACGUAAUGGUGAUGGGAGUGGUCCAGGCCUGCAGCCCUGAGCCCAUCCUCCAGGCCGUGAAGAUGACGGACCUGUCUGAUAACCCAGUGCACCAGAGCAUGUGGGAGCUGGAGGUAGAGGACUUCCACAGCAACCUGCCCUAGUUCCCACAGUGCGGCCCCCAGUGCGCAGUCUCAGUGCCAUGUGCACCUCCCGGCCAGCAUUUGGGGUCCAGUUCUCAAAGGGUUCUGGGAGAAGAAGAGAUAUUGGAUGGGGGCCCGCCACAGUUCCUCAUGCUGGUGGACUCCAGCUCCCACUGCCUCCUGCCUUCAUG